UCUCCCUCUCCCUCUCCCUCUCCCUCUCCCUCUGUCUUUCCAGUCCCAGAGAGAGAAAACAAAUGCAGCUAUGAUACUGUGUCCAAGAUUUAGUUUGAGCUUCUCUUUCUAUAUCCUGUCUUGAAGAUAAUGAGCAGAAGCUCUUGUAUCUUCUUCUCAGAAGAAGAUGGUUGUUUCACCUUUACAAUCCAUUCUCGAUGGUCUUUACUGUGAAGAAGAGCGUUUUGAGGAAGAUCUGGAAGGGUUUGGUUUUGAGGAAGAGAGUGAGGGAUGUGAUGAGACUCUGAAAAAUCCUGUGGCUUUGUUAGCACAUGACUUGUCUUGGGCAGAUGAUGAGCUUGUGACUCUAUUAUCUAAGGAAAAAGAGACCCAUUUGGUUGAAAGAGAUUUGAGUUCUGAUGGGUCUCUAGUACUGGCAAGGAAAGAGGCUGUUAAGUGGAUGUUAAGGGUAAAUGCUCACUAUGGGUUCACUGCCAUGACUGCUGUUUUGGCUGUGAACUAUUUUGACAGGUUCAUAACAAGCCUCUGCUUUCAAAGAGAUAAGCCAUGGAUGAGUCAACUUGCUGCUGUUUCUUGUAUUUCAUUAGCUGCCAAGGUGGAGGAGACCCAAGUGCCUCUUCUCUUAGACCUACAAGUCGAGGAAUCGAAAUUUGUGUUUGAGGCAAAGACUAUUCAGAGAAUGGAGCUGUUGGUGCUCUCUACUCUUCAAUGGAAGAUGAAUCCAGUGACCCCACUCUCAUUUAUUGAUCACAUUAUAAGGAGGCUUGGAUGGAAGACCCGUUUACAUUGGGAGUUUUUGUGGAAGUGUGAGCGCCUACUUCUCUGUGUCAUCUCUGAUUCAAGCUGUGUGCGUUAUAAUCCAUCUGUGAUAGCUACUGCAACAAUGUUACUUGUUAUCAAAGAGGUUGAUCAUUCUGGUGCAUUGGAAUAUCAGGAUCAGCUUAUGGGCGUCCUCAAUAUCAGCAAGGAAAAAGUAGAUGAGUGCUAUAAACUCUUCCUGGAACUACUAGACAGACAUGGCCAUAAACAAUCCCAAACCCACAAGCGCAAGUAUGUGUCUAUUCCGGGCAGUCCAAAUGGUGUCAUUGAUGCGUAUUUCAGUUGCGACAGUUCUAAUGAUUCGUGGGCUGUGGCAUUAUCGGUUUCAUCAUCACCAGAACCUUUGUUUAAGAAGAGCAGAGCUCAGGAUCAGCUGAUGAGAUUGGGUCCAGUAAACCGUGUCUCUGUGGGUGUUCUAAACAGUCCUGAUCUCUCAUUUUCUCAUUAAUCUAGCAUAUCGGCGCUGGUAUUAUAUAAUCUCUCUUUUGCUAUGUGUUCUUAAGGCACAAUUAUAUUGGUAUUGCACUCUAUUAUGUCAUUGUAUUUCUGGUCAAACCCAUGUGUUGGAUCAGACAUCCAGAUAUCAAACAUUCACUUCACCACCUCCUUGAAAGGGGAUGGGCAGUGAGGUUGAAAAGGAGAGAUUGCUCGAGUUUUUCCUUGAAUUGUUGCUCUAUCCCGCAUAUGUGAUCAAUUCGUGUAUGAACAUUAUUGUCGAAUAGAUAUAAGUGCAAGACUUCCUUUU